CAGCGGCCGUUGCUGGUGGCGAUGCGGCGGGGGGCUGGGGUGCGGCUGGAGGUCAGCUAGGGGUCACGGAGGAUGUUGAGCUAUGGGCCACGCCGCCCCCGCCUGACGUCCUGGCCCCCCAGUCGCCCCCCACUUCCCUGAGGAGGGGCCGCCGCAAGGUUAUCUCCCGAGGGGGCCACUACAUCGUGUGGAGCAAGGGGGGCGCCUCCCCCUGGAGCUCCACUACCUUCGACGCUCACUCCUCCCGGGGCAGCGUGGGGCGGCACCACCGGGAGUACAGCUGGUCGCCUCCAGGGGACAGACUGGUCGGCGGGGGACCGCAGGGGUACGCGGGGCCGCAGGGCCGCAGCAGGGGUGCGGGCGCCGCCAGAAAGAAGCUGAACCAGUCGUUCAAGCGAGAGAUCGCCCAGUACGCCAUGGUGUACGGCGUGCGGCAGGCGGCCGUGCACUACGAGCACGCCGUGGGGAGGCGGCUCAGAGACCGGGUGGUGGCCAAGUUCGUGCGCCGCUACCAGGACAGGAAGAAGAGGAAAAGGAGGAGGCUGCGACGGCGGCUCGGACAGACAUAGAACACAACGGCGGAAGGACGAGGACGAGGCCCGCCCAUCUACCCGGCCGCGCCUCGGCCCGUCCUGAACACUGUAUACUAUCUGGUGACGUUUUAGCUCACCGCCACACUCCUGGCCAGCGCCGGGACAACUCUCGCGGGGCGUGCACGCCAUUGUGUGGGGCCCCGGAUGUAACCCUCCUGUAUUUUCACAGGUUAAUGAGAUUAUCUUAAAUAUUCAUUAAAUAUCAAAUAUAUAUAAAAAAUGCUGCUUAAGCUCUAGAAGUGGAGCGUUCAGUAUCAAAUAAUGAAUAUUUUAUUAUAUAUGUUGUAGAACCCUUCAGACUAGGGGCCCAAGCAGUAGUUUGUGUUGCUUGUACCCUGGCCCGGCCUUGCUUUGGUUAAGAGUGCAUUGUUGCCUGAUACUUUGCUUUACCAGGUAGAUCUUAUUUUUUUCGUUUAUCUGGGGACACAGAAACUCACCUGCUGACCCUCCUAAUUAUCCGGUGACACUUUAGAACACCUGGCAUACAGUAAGCCUUCAUUUUAAGCGAAUUUGAAUUAAUCAUAUCUGGAAGAACAUGUUUUCAAAAGCACAAUGUAUUCCUUAUAAUAUCACACGUUUUUUUCUACAUCAGCAAGGACCAAACCCCUUGAACUCCGCCGUGUUCGACGGAAACAAAGGGUCGUAUUAUGAGACAUUUCGCCACCCAAGAACACAUAUUUGACAAGGCUUUCGUAGGAGUUAUGACCCUGGUGGUAGUCUGACCCUUUUUCUGUACCGUGAACCUAAAGAAACACGCAUUAGAACCCGAUUGAUCCCCUCUUUGACCUUUAGAAAUAGCUGAUGUGAUAUGGCAAAGUGUCUUGUAAUACCAGCCGAAGAAUCAUGUUUAAAUUACGCGAAAUUCACUUACGCAGUCCCUUCAGAGACUAAACCCUCGCGUAAAACGAGAGCCACCUGUACUGUGUUACCUGCUGAGUGAGUAGUAUACCUGAUGAACUCUUAGAUCGCUGGGUAACUUUUGCAACACCUGGUUAUCGUGUGAGUUAACCUGCAGCAUAACUAAAUAAAUAAGCCUCUGUUCA